CACGCCGUGUGUGCUGUGGGGCCCUGGAGUCGGUGUGGAUGAUGUGAGGGAAGGGAGAUUCACAGCGAAUCUUGGCGGCAAAUGCGAACGGCGCCGCUGCUGAGGCUGAGUGCAGUCGGUCUGCAGCUCCAGAAACCAAAUCAACCAAAGUGAUGGAAACACGUAUUUGCAGAAUCUGGCCGCUGUCAACUCCAGACAUCGUGCACUAUCUGAAGAUGAGUUGGGAUGAAGAUCUGGGAAAUGGUUUCACAAUAAUUCUCUGCAAUGGAGAACACGCUUGGAGUGGAAAAGUGUCGAGUGAUCAAAUUACAAUAGAAGCAAAUGAGGCUGAAAUGGACAGAGAAAAAUAUGUUGAAGACCUUCGAAGAGCAUUAACAAUGCAGGAAGAAAAAACUAAAAAUUACAGCUUUGACUUUAUAAAGGACAGCGAAAGAGACGUUUUCCAUUUCUCAUAUGACAAGGUCACACAAGACAUCUCAUUUAAGCUUGGCUCUGUGGAAUUGCAAGCCGUCCCUGACUCAACAGAAGUCAUCAAUGAGCUCAUCAACUUUGUGUUCCAUCGCAACGCAGAGCUACGAGGAAAAAAUGACCACCUGCAACAGGAAAACACGAGACUUUUGAGUGAGCGUAACUACAGCUUGGAAAAAUUGGAGAAAUAUGUAAAGGCUAAAGAAGACCUGGAGCAAGAUCUCUAUUCUCGUUUCAUCUUGGUGCUAAAUGAAAAGAAGGCCAAGAUUAGACAACUACUAGACCGUGUAAAGUGUGCUCAUGAACAGGGUCAAGACAGGAGUGCAGUUGCCACCAGCCAGGAAACCCCAUUGUCAACCAAGGAAGAUUCUGAUUGCAACAAUGAUGAAGAGCUCAAAGGCCAUACUUCUGCAACUGGAAGCUUGGCGCUACCUUCCAAGUCAGCCAUUGAUCUAUGCGAAGGUGAUCUCAUUGACAGCGGUCUGCAUGACAUGGUUGACAUAGCACCAAGUCGAAAGCGACGGUAUCGGAAUCCAAAGCAGAAGGUUGAAGUGGCAGAACCCCCAAAAGCUUUGGAGGAUAAGAGGAUAUGUCCUGUGAGUUCAGCAUUAUCAACUGGUAAUCAUCAGGCUGAAGAAGAACAAGAAGAGUCAUUGUCAACUUUACCCAACACUGUUGAGCCAGAUGAUCUUUUUGACAAAAUGUAAAUUAUUUUUCUUUUAUAAAUGAAUGAUGUACACAAGGAAAUUAAAAUAAAGUAAAUGCAUUACAUUACAAACUAAA